GCUCCACGUUGCUCUCUGUCCGGAUACGAGCCGAACCGAGCCGAAAACGGGACUUAUCUGUCUUUCCUCCUUCUUUCCUCUUCCGCCGGGACGACUGCGAGAGAAGCGUGCUUUCGGAGCGUCGGGGGACGUGGAGCGAUCCGACCUUCUUUCCUUCCCACCCGACACUGAGAGUCUGUUGAACGACUACAUCUUUGGAGUGAGAGGCAGACCGACGAGUCGAGAUUGACUGCAUGAAGAGGUGGAUUCACAGGACCCUGGUCCUGACCUAGGCCCCUCCCACCGACAUAUGCCCCGCCCCUAAACAUGAGGUCGUUCCGAUCGUUCGCAAACGAUGACCGCCACGUCAUGGCAAAGCAUGCCAGCAUCUACCCGGCGCCAGAGGAGCUGGAGGCGGUGCAAAAGCUGGUGUCCACUGUGGAGUGCGCCCUCAAGAAGGUCUCCGAUUGGAUGGACGGCCUAAACCAACCCUCAGGGAAGACCCCCGCCAACGAGGACGGCGAUGACGGCACGGCGGCAGCCGACACCGACACCAAGCUGGAGUCCAGCUCUGUGUUGUGUGGGGUGAUGCGCAUCGGCCUGGUGGCCAAAGGCCUGCUGAUCAAAGGCGACAUGGACCUGGAGCUGGUUCUGAUGUGCAGGGAGAAGCCCACCAAACUGCUGCUGUACACGGUCAGCGCCAACCUGCCCCUGCAGAUCCAGACGCUGACUGACGACAAGUACGAGGUGCGGUCGUGCAUCCCGGAGGCAGCCAUCCUGGUCUGCAACACCACAGACCCCAGACUCAGGUUGAAAAUCACCCUGUCCUCCUUAGCCAUGAAGGAAGAGCACAACACCCCAGAGCCAGAGGAAGGCGCGCAGACGGAGGAGAGGGAGAAGCAGGAGGAGACGACGGAGGAGAGGGAGAAGCAGGAGGAGACGACGGAGGAGAGGGAGAAGCAGGAGGAGACGACGGAGAAGCAGGAGGAGACGACGGCGGAGGAGCAGAAGGAGGAGGAGGAGGAGGAGGAAGGUGUUCUCGACAGGCAGAGCUGCCGGGCCGCCCUGGCAGCGCUCCGACACGCCAAAUGGUUCCAGGCGAGGGUGACGGAUCUGAAGUCCUGCGUCAUCGUUAUGCGUGUCCUCCGAGACGUGUGCAACCAAGUGCCCGUGUGGCAGCCCCUCAAAGGAUGGCCGUUGGAGCUCAUCUGUGAGAAGGCCAUAGCCACCUGCAGCCGGCCCCUGGGGCCCGGCGAGGCCCUGCGCCGCGUCAUGGAGUGCAUCGCCUCGGGAAUCCUCCUGCCAGGCGGCCCCGGAGUUGAUGACCCCUGUGAGAGACGGCCCAGCGACACGCUGGCGGCCCUCAGCGCCCGGCAGGCGGAGAGCGUCACACACAGCGCUCAGCAUGCGUUACGCCUCCUGGCCUUUGGACAGCUUUACAAGGUCCUGAGUAUGGAUCCCCUGCCCACAAACAAGCCUUCAUCCAGGCUUUCUGAAGGCAGCUGUCCCAAGAGGCACCGUGAGGAUGGAGCGAUGAACGACCGAGACUUCAUCAAGAGAAUGAAAGUCCUGGACUGGAGGAUGACGGACCCAAACCACCCCAUGAACGCCCUGAUGCGGCUGAACCAGAUCCAUCCGGGCCUCCAGUACCGGCUGCUGUCCCAGUCCGGCCCGGUCCACGCCCCCGUCUUCACCAUGUCUGUGGAGGUGAACGGGACCAUCUACCAGGCCAACGGCAACUCCAAACGCACCGCCAAGCUGCAAGUCGCUCUGAAGGCACUGCAGGCUCUGGGCUUGGUGGCAGGCUGUGACGGGGACCAGGACUCGCUGAGCGCCGAUGAGAAGUCUGAUGGUGAAGGAAGAAAUGACAGGAUGUCCAGUAGCUCCAGCGCCGCCUCGGUGGCCUCUUCCACAGACGCACAGGAGUCCAGAGCUCCAGGCCCCAUCCUGACAGCAGGGGGGAAGAAUCCGGUCAUGGAGCUGAACGAGAAACGUCGAGGUCUAAAGUAUGAACUCAUAUCAGAGAGCGGCAGCAGCUAUGACAAACGCUUCAUCAUAGAGGUGGAGGUGGACAAGCAGGUGUUCCGCGGCUCGGGGCCCAACAAGAAGGUGGCCAAGGCCAGCGCUGCCCUGGCAGCUCUCAAGAGCCUUUUCUCCGGCUCAAAAUCCACCACCAGCAAAAAGAAACGGCCCAAUCCUCCUCCAAAGAGACCAGUUGCGUCGGUGCUGACCCUCCCAGUCCAUGCUGCCAGGCCCAGAGGUAUCCCGGUAAUUCCCAGGGCUCCUUACAUCAGCGCUCCACACACACAUGGCUACAUUCAACCAGGCUUCAGUGCUCCAUACGGGUACAGCCCUGCAGGCGCCCUCCCGGCAUAUGGUUUUCCCUCCAGAUUGCCCUCAGUAUUUGUCCCAGUCAUGAGAGUCCCGACACCAUUCCCCGUCACCCAUCUCUACCCCUAUUAGGACAACCCCCACCUACACCCUAAACUUCAUCCAACUCAGUGGA